AUGCCUGCCCGCAAGGCACGCAAACCCAGAACGAACACUACGACGGUGGUAACAGACUCGCCUAGGCGAGCUUCUCAAACCACGACUACUGACGAUGAAUCGGUUGCGAGUGCAGACUUGCUCAAGGCAUGUGGGCUAAUCCCCGCCGUUGAGGGCGAGAUCUCGCUCUGCACCGAAAUUGAUGACGACGACGAGAUGCUACCAGAAUUGUCUUCCAUUUUUGACGACUCUUCCGACGAGAGUGACGAUGAUUCUUUUGACGCCACCCCGCCCUUGAUUGUCCGCUCUUACGUUGAUUUCGAUAACUGGGGUGCUAACAACGACACUUCAGAAAACGCUACGAUGUCUUAUCACACUCGAAUGGCCACGAUCAAGGACAACGGCAAACAUUUCCCCACUCUCACCGCGGGGAAGUGUACCGUCGACCUGCUCCACCGAUUCCACACUGCUUGCGAAAACAAAGCUUAUCAGAAAGGCUUGGAGGACAACAAGGUCGUCAAACACUUGUUCGGUUGUUUCGAAGACCACCGGGUCAUUACGUGGAUCGGCGCUAAUCGCGACACCCUCGCCGCCGGCAAUAUCAACGAAUUCAUGAAGCAAUUGAAGGAACUUUUGUUGGAACGCGACUGGGCCACCGAGUGGAAGAGGAAGGUUUCUAAUAGGCGCCAGAAAGAAGGCGAGUCGUUCGAAGAUUUUGCCAAUGAGGUCAUCUACUGGAACAGUCUUCUCCGGGGCACCGACAAGCUCCGUGACAACGAACGCCUCAAGGAUCUACUCUUCGCCAACUGUCUUGACGACAUCUCCGACGAUUACCAGAACUCCGAAAUUCCGGAACAGUUCGAGAAUGCCAACUUCGACGAGAUCGCCGUUUUCAACGAGUGGGUUCGAAAGGUCAUCGGCAUCGAUAAGAAAAUUGCUCGACUUCGUGCUCUCUCUAAGAAGCUCAUCGACGCGGAGAGGGCUGCGAAGAGACCUCGUACCAACACCGCCGGCGGACCUACGGAUAGCAACAACUCGGGACGUCGCGCCGACUGGAUUCCCAACCUCACCGAAGACGAAAAAGACAUCCUUGGGAGGCAUGGCGGUUGUUUCAAGUGUCGACAAUUCUACGCUGGUCAUCGAUGGGCCACUUGCCCUAACGGUUAUCCGACCCUGAAGAACUACAAGAAGAUCACCGCCGAGAUGGCUGCCGACGCCAAGAAAAAGCGUGACAACGCCACCACUAAUGCUUCCGCCUCCAAGGGCAAGGCCGUCGCCGCCGUACUCCCCUCCGAGGACAUCGUGUACGAAGAUUCGUCUUCAGAGGAAUCUGCCGAGGCCAACUCCUCUGGCGAGAUUUUGGAGGAGAACGAUGAUGAACAAGAGGAUGACGUGAGUGAUCCCUUCAUCUCUGCACACUUAUUAUGGAAGGCUUGCAUGGCUGGUACCUCUGAUUUUCCGGAGGACGUACUGACGAUGUUCGACACCGGUUGCCACACAGUCUUAAUGGAUUCCAAAGUAGCCGAUAAGCAUGGUCUGAAGCGAUACCCCCUCAAAAACGCCCUCCCGGUUAACCCCUUUUUCAUAGGGGGGAAGAGUGAGAACAGGUUUCCAUCUGACUUGUUCUGGAAAAUGUCAAUCAUGGUCUCGUGCUCAAUCAAAGAAGGAUGGUUUUCUUGCGGUCUUGCGAAUCCCGCUGCUUCACUGCCAUCCGGUGCGUAG